AUGACGCGUAAGGCUAACAAGGACCAUGCCGGCGUCCAAGGUGACUUCUUAGAUGACUUUCUCGACCUUGGAGGUGACGAUAUCAACUUCGUUCUCCGAGGGACAUUUACACAUGUGUGUUCAUGGACCAUAGUCAAGCAACCAAUCUGCAUUUUAGAGGUUGACGCAGAUUAUAGGUCAACGUCCGGCGUACAAGCGAAGCACCAAAAAGAGCUUGAUGCUGCUGAACUGUCAUUACCAACAAGCUAUCUUGCCCUCGAAGACCUUCCGUACUUAGACGCCUGCAUUCAAGAAAGCAUCAGGGUCCACCCAGGCGUUGGUCUGAUACUCGAGCGGGUCGUUCCGAAAGGCGGUGUUAGACUUCCGGAUGGUCCUUAUGUUGCAGAAGGAACCAUAGUCGGGAUCACACCGUGGGUCGUGCAUCUCGACGAGAAGAUCUACAGUUCAGACUCGGGGGAUUUUCGCGCAGCAAGGUGGCUGCCCGACGACGGUGAGAGGCUAGAGGAUUUUGACGCAAGGAAGCAAGCCAUGAGGGAGACAGAACUGACAUUUGGCGCCGACGACCGAGUCUGUCUAGGCAAAUAG